AUGGACUUUUCUGACUUGAUCUUGGCGGUGACAGGCGGAGUGCCGGCCAUGAACAAUUUGCCCGUUCGGUCGGCGUACAGCAUCGCAACACAACUGAAGUCGAUCCGAUCUCUGUGGAUCAACGACAUGAAGAUCCAGAGGAGAUGCACUAGGACGGGUUUCGUUGGUAUGUUUGAUAGAAUGAUGGGCAAGAAGAUGGUGGGCAAGGACAGGGACGGCAACACGUACUGGGAGAUAUGGAACCCCCAUGGGAAGUUUAACCCUCGGCGAGAGAUUCGAUAUGCGAAACCACUGGAGGACGUCGAAUUCCACGAGGUGAUACCUGAGUGGAGACUCUGGUUGAGGCACAUCAAGAAAUUCCCUCCCACUGAUGAAGAGAUCGAGAGGGGGGAGAGGGAGCGAGCGGAAACUCUGAGAAAAGCAAGGGAGAUAGAAGCAGAAGACGCAAGGCUCGAGUCCCUGUGGGAGCUCAGGAACCCCGACUACCAACCAUCAAGCAGCAGGAAGUCAGGACUUGACAGGUUGCUGGAACACCACCGUUCAAGGCACCAGCCCAACGCAGCCAGCGGGCCCGGCAAGGGCGUACGCUAUGUCGAGGAGUACGAUCCUUUCUCUUGA